CCCCCUCCUGCCUUCCCAUCCCCCGGCUCUCUGUCUCCCACUCUCGCUCCAUCAGCUGCAGGAGCAGGUCGUGUACCAUAAUCAGAUAUAUGAAUUUCCACCUUCACAUCCACUUCUUGUCCAUGACCAGAAUAGACACGAAGGGGAAGAGCUCUGUGUCUAUUUUGAGGACAGAUAAACCAAAGGAAACAUCACAUUUGUUGCAUAAUCACGUGAGAUGAAAUCCUAGAAUUCACUGGAUUGUUUCAGGUCAAAGUGUAAACUCAAGAUAGAUUCUGUACCUGUCUGGAGUAAAGAACAUCCACAAAUGGCAAAGAAAACAUGGCCAAAUUGAGCUGAAAAUCAGUUUUCAUACUGUGAAAAACUUUGAGGACUAAAGGUGUUGAAAUUUGAUCUGGACAGAUCACAGAUCUUCAGUUCUAAAUCCAAGCUGGGUUGUGAACAUUGUGUGCCAAAUUUUGUAAGUCAAGUGUAUCUUUUUAUGAAGAAAGUGUACCCUCUAAAACGGUGUGAAACGCGGGCAAUUUAAAAUCCGAAACAUAGCUAAGUGGAGCAAUCCAACUUACGACAUCGGGGUAAAAGUUGGCGAGAUACUAUCAGAGCCUGUUCACAAUACCUUCUCAGGUUUUUCUACACAGCAGUUUCACAGUGUUAAUCAAUAGAGAAAACAGGAUAGUAAUAACUGCUCUACAACUAUUUCAUUUGUUUCACAGCUUUAUGUGUCUUUCAAUGAAAAAUCGGAGAGGUCUAAUGAAGGAAGACUAAUUGACAAGAAUUUCAUCUUGACCAAGUCAAAUUGAGCCAGCAGAACCUACAUAGUUAUUGGAUUCCAUUUCAACUCCCCAAAUUGUACUUGGAACACUUGUGCUUGAAAGUCAUAUUUAUGUUCCACCUCAGGAAAUUUUGGACUAUAAACACUUUGGGCCUUAUCUUACAUUGCCUCAUCUUCAAUUUUUAGCUAAGUUUGUCUAUGACUUCACAGUCUAGAACUGAAGAAAAACAGUAUAUAAUUCAUGUAUACUGUUAUAAAUUUUCAGUUAUGAUACAUUUUGUUGGGCUGGGACUAGUAUCUUGUCACAUACCUAUCUAAGGUUUUGGUGAUAAAAACCAUUAUAUUAAUUCUUGUUUUGUGUCUUCGGGCCUGAGGGGUGGAAAAAAGGCCUUGUAUUGUUAAUCCCCUACCUACUAUUAAGCAAACUGCAACAUGAAUGAGGAAAACGGAUUACUAGGCCGGGACCUUUCCAAGGUGACAGAUGAGGAAAUGUUAUCUCACAGUAAAGAGGAGCUAGUGAGGAAACUUAGGGAAGAGGAGGCAGAGAAGAUGGCUGCCCUCAUUCAAAGAGGUCGUCUUAUUAAAGAGGUCAACCGCCAGCUUCAAGGCCAUCUAACAGAAAUACGGGAGCUAAAACAGGUCAACCAUCGACUUCAGGAAGAAAACAGGGAACUGAAAGAUCUCUGCUGCUUUUUGGAUGAUGAUCGGUUAAAGAGCAAGAAGCUGGCUAGUGAAUGGCAACUGUUUGGUUAUCAUGCAGCCAAGGUAUUGAGGGAGGACCUUGGCGGAUACCUAAAGAAGCUUUCUGAGCUUGAGAGGCGUCAAGAAGAGCUCAUAAGGGAAAACUCCUGCUUAUCUGAGGUGUUUCUUGCCCUGGAAGAAGAUGGUGCCCCAAUAAGGCAUCAUGCAAGCCCUGUGGCUUCAUCAGAGUUGAGUCUUUUACCUUGUGGGCCACGAGACUUAGGAGAUGGGAGCUCUAGUACGGGCAGCGUGGGGAGCCCAGACCAGCUCCAUGUUGUUUGCUCACCUGAUGACUGAAAGGGGGUGGGUUUCUGAAAAUGUUGAAUGUAUAUAAUUAAGGGGAGGGUGUAAUGUUUGUUGUUUAAAAUUGAAAUUGAGGGAAGAGGGUGACCUUGGCUACUGAUUUGGGUGGGGGGAGAACAGGUGGUUGAUAAUGAAAUCUCAUAACUCUUCCUUAUGUUUCCUAAUGCAUAUAUAUAUAUAUAUUCACACUCUCACACACUUGAAAAUGCAUUCACUCAACAGUCUUUUCCCACUUUUUUCUUGUUCAUUAAACUCAGUCUCACUCCAUCUCACAAUUUAUAUAUGUAUAUGUGUAUAUAUAUAUAUAUAUAUAUAUAUAUAUAUAUAUAUAUACAUAUUUACAAACACACACACACACACAAAGUCAAUUAUACACACACUAAGAAGAUAGCUCAGUGUAUUUGCCUUUCACUCAUCUCCGUAUAUAUAUAAAAGUGAAGAUAGUGAAGAACUUUAAAGUUCCACAUCCCUUAUUACUUUUAGUAUAUACACAGGUGAGGAAUAGGUCAGUCUCUGUCCCACUAACCCCUAUGUAUAUAACAAGAGCCUAUUCUCUGCCCCAUUCAUUGAUUUGUAUAGAUACAGGUGAGAGGUAGCUUACCCCUCCCCCAAAAAGCCCCAACUGUAUAUAUAUAAGUGAGAGAUGACUUAGUCUCUGUCCCAUUCACUACUCAUUGUAUAUAGUAAAGUGAGGGAUAUCCGAGUCCCUGCACUCAUUUACUAUCUGUAUAUACAAGUUGUAUAUGAUGGUGAGAGAGCUCAGCCUCGGCACCUAUUAAACAUAGUCAAAUAAAUAUAUAUUUGGAAAUUUAUGAAUGUGUUAGACAGACUUUGAUUCAGAUUACUUAAAACCACACGUACGUCAUAAAGAUAAAGUGUCACCUACAUACUCGUCUUACUGUCAUACACAUAAUGUCACACCCUUUUCCUUUCUCUAUUGUUUAGUUUUUGUAUUCAUGCUUAUUAAUAGUAACACAGGAAACACAGAGAUCCUAGACUGGCUGACUGUGCUGAAGCUGCCUGCGUGUAUUGCAAACUAUUUUGUGCACUGAAUUGCAUGAGUGCAUAGAUUGCCAGUAUACAAUACUCUGCCUGCAACAGAGACUGUCCAUGUACACUACUUACAUUACACUGCCUGCAUGCAGGGACUGACUGUAUACACUACACUGCCUGGUUGCAACGACUGGUCUGAAGAGUCUGAUCAUGUACAUAACACUGACUGCAAGCAGAGACUGACCAUGGACACCACACUGCCUGUAAGCAGAAUCUGGCAGUGUACACUAUACUGUGUAUAGUGAAAUAGGCAGUGCAUUACACCAACUAAAAGGCGAGAUUCAUUUUACACUACAUUGCCUGAUACAGGAGACUGUCAGCAUACACUAACCAUAGUUAACAAAAAUUGACAGUAUACUAUACCACCUAUAUACAACAACUGACAGUAUACACAACACUGUCUACAAGAAGGACCAGACAGUAUAUGCUAAAGUGCUUGCAAGCAGACAUGACAAUGUUCACUACAAUGUCUGCAAGUAGAAAGUGACAGCAUAUACCACACUGCUUGUAAGUAGAAGUUGACAGUGUACACGUCAGUGUUCAUAAAGGGAGACUGAUAAUAUACACGUUACUGCCUGCAAGUGUUAUCUGACAAUAUAUACUUCACUGUUUUCAAGAGGUAUUUGACGGUGUACACUACACUGCCUGCAAGCAAUUAGUGACAGUAUAGGCCAGGGAUAGGCAACCUUCGGCACUCCAGAUGUUUUGGACUACAUCCCCCAUAAUGCUCUUACACCCGUAAUGCUGGCAAAGCAUCAUGGGAGGUGUAGUCCAAAACAUCUUGAGUGCCGAAUUUUGCCGAUGCCUGGUAUAGGCUAUGCUGCAUACAAGCAAAAACUGACAUUGUACACUACAGUGCCUGCAAGGUGAACCUGACAGUAUGCACUACAUUGCCUGCAAGCAGAUCAACUAUAUAUAUAUAAACAUACCUGUUCAAAGACAAAACAUAUACACUAUACUUACUGCAAGCAGACUGAUUGUAUGCAUUACCCUUGCUGUAAGCAGACUGACUGUAUACACUAUGCUAAUUGUACCCAGACUGGCUGUAAAUGCUACAUUAAUGGGAUUGCUGACUAAACCAAGAUUAUGGAGAAUUGACAGUAGUAAUUAUACAAAACCAGCUGAAUCGGAUCAUAUUUAUACAUUUUAGCCUGUUUGCCAUUCCCUGGCCAAUUCUCUACAAUUUCCGGUAUAGGGAAUAACUCCCAAUGCCAGACAUUGUAGGGGCAAAUUAUGUUGUAAGCAUAGCUGAAGGGCCAAAAACUGCAAAAACUAAAUACAAUUUUCAAUAGGAUUGGUCAUAAAUCACUGUCAUGAUUAUUUACUAAACCAAGAACUAUCAAGAAUUCACACUGGAUAUGCAAAUUUUAGGUGAGAAUGGUGGGAUUAGAAAAAAAGCUAUCUCACCAAUCAUAUUUUAACGUAAAAGCUGCAAUUCUAUUUUGUGGCGUUAAAUGAACACUCUAAAUGUAAAAAAAAUUUUUUUUUGACAUUAGAGUGUUCUUUUUAAUUUUAGAUUAUCGGCUCCCCUUUAUUCUAAAAAGAAACAUCAUAAAGACAUUGAACUGUUGAACUGACCUGUCAUCCAACACAGGGCUGGUCUCCAUGCGGCAACUCGAUCUGACCACAGUAAGAUCAUCAACAUUGAUCGUCCCUAGUGCAUUCCAAUGCUUCUAAUAGAGAAGCAUUGCGGAACCUAUGGCUCAAACGCAAUUGUCGCACUAUGCCAAUCCAUUACUUCUCAUGUAGAAGCAACUGAGUCUAUUGCUUCUCUAUGAGAAGCAUUAGCAGUGUUUGGCAUCUUUAUGCUGUGCGUGAUAAUGCCGAACAUGAAGAGCUUUCAAAAAUCAAAGGUCUUAAGGAGAACGGGCCCCUAGUAGCUGUUUGACAGCCCCUAGAAAAAGGUUUUGGGCUAAAUGUAAACAUUUGCUUUUUUUCAGAAAUAGCAAUUUAUUGCAUUGUCAGACAAAGGGUCUGUAUCACUACACCAAAACCACUACAUAGAGAUGUAGCGGUUUUGGUGCUUAGAGUAUCCUUUCACUAGUAUAAUGAAUAACAUUGCAUGUGAUUAUUUGCUUGGCAGUGAGCAGGGCUGAAUUAAAAUUGGAUUUGAAAAUUUGAGGCCCAAAUUAACCAGUUUGGGAACUUUGUUGUUUUGGCUCACAAAUUCAGUUUUUAACUCGCAACAAUUCAUUGUUAGUGUAUAAACCCAUAUGAUACUAUCAGUGCCCCAAAUACCAUCAAUACAGCACUGAUUACAUCUCAAUUACUCACAUGCAUUCGAACAUAAAAUGUUAUUUUAAAUGCAAGUGUAUGAAGCUCUCAGAACCAAAUACGGGUGUUUUAUGAUUUUAAAAUAAAACUCCAUGUAAUGAGCAAUUAGUUAAAAAAAAGUAUAUUAAAUAUUAAUUAUACUAAAGAAUUGAAAUAAGAUGAUGAUAUGUACAAAUGCAAAAUGAACCACUUGGGAUCAUGUAGAUAUUCAAAAAGUAUCUCUAUGUAAAGUUUUUAUUAAAAAUUAUGUGUGAUCAUAUGCCUUUAUCAUUGUGAAGAAGGGCUUUUUCAUUUUGCCAUAAUGACCUCUGAGAGGUGUUUCUGAGGGUGCUUUCAUGAUUACUGUGCAAUCAUGCUUAGAAAUGGCCUUUAAUAAAUUAU